CUGGUUAGCCUUGGACUUGCACAGAAGGUUACUGUUACUUCUGCUCAUUCUUAUAAUGUUAUAGCCUCUUCAUUCCCUCCUUCAUCUGGGGCGUUCAAGCAAGAUCUGAUACAGUAUAUUCAACCCAUUCUUAACUUUCAUGCUCAGAUCAAAUCACCCUUCCUUAUUAAUGCUUAUCCCUUUUUUGCAUAUAAGGGAAACCCAAAUCAGAUUUCUUUGAACUAUGUGUUGUUUCAGCCUAAUUCAGGGUCUAUUGAUCCAGUUACCAAUUUGCAUUAUGAUAACAUGUUGUUUGCUCAAAUUGAUGCUGUCUAUGCUGCCAUUAAGAGACUGGGCCAUACUGAUAUUGAAGUAAAGAUUUCAGAGACUGGUUGGCCUUCUAAAGGUGGCCCUGAUGAAUUUGGAGCCACACCACAGAAUGCAGAAAUAUAUAAUAGCAAUCUGUUGAAGAAGAUAGAGCAGAAACAGGGCACUCCUGCAAGGCCAUCUGUCCCUGUAGAUGUUUUUGUUUUUGCACUUUUCAAUGAGAAUUUGAAAACUGGUCCUUUAUCGGAGAGAAACUUUGGUCUCUAUUAUCCUGAUGGAAACCCAGUUUAUAACAUUGGAUUAGAAGGUUAUCUCCCAGAAAUGACUGGGGAGUUUGAGUCCAAAUCUAACGUGCUGUCCAUCAAUUUUGUCUGCAUAUUUGCAUUUUUGUUGUUCACUUGGGAGCUUUCAAGACACUGAUAAGGAAUAUAACAAAACAAAUAACUUUGUAGAAUUCAUUCUUUUGUUAGAGGUGAGGAAAAUUUUAAUAUUGUCCAUAUAAUUUUUUAUUCACAAGUGUUGAUAUCUAUUUUCUCUUUACAUUACAAUUUCUGUAACUGUUGGAAACUGGUUACCGUAAAUGAUGAAACUAAAAUUAGUUUGGUGUAGUUGUCUUUUUAAUCCUUUGGUUGGAAGAAAAGUAAUUCAGCUGGUGAAGCUCUAAUGAUUAAUGUUUAUAUUAUGAUAGAAAUUAGUAAUGAUGAGGGGCAUAACGAGAUG